AGGCAAGCUGGCUAAUAAUGUGCCUGUAGCGGGCUGUUUUGCUAUGGAUUGGGUUUUUCUGUACUGUAUGGUUUGCAUUAAUCAGCUGUUUUGUUUCGUGCCAGCGGUCGCUAGCUAAAUCUCACUAAAUGCAGCGAGAUGUCCAAGAUAGAGAAGAUGAGUAUUUUGGGGGUGCGAAGCUUCGGAGUGGAAGAUAAAGACAAACAGAUCAUCAUCUUCUUCAGUCCUCUGACUGUGUUGGUCGGACCCAAUGGGGCUGGGAAGACGACCAUUAUAGAGUGUUUGAGGUACAUCACCACAGGAGACUUCCCUCCAGGAAGUAAGGGAUCCACGUUUGUACACGACCCAAAGGAUGCCAAUGAGACGGACGUGCGAGCCCAGAUCAGACUGCAAUUCAGUGAUGUGAACGGCGACAAGGUGGCGGUGCAGAGGUCCAUGCUCAGCACACAGAAGGGCAAAAAGAGCGAGCCAGCAUUUAAAACCCUGGAGGGAGUCAUCACCAGAAUCAAGCACGGUGAGAAGGUGAGCCUGAGCUCCAAGUGUGCAGAGCUGGACCGGGAGAUGGUGGCGGCACUGGGCGUGUCCAAGGCCGUGCUCAACCACGUCAUCUUCUGCCACCAGGAGGAGUCCAACUGGCCGCUCAGCGAGGGCAAGCCCCUCAAGCAGAAGUUCGACGACAUCUUCUCGGCCACCAGGUACAUCAAGGCCUUGGAGCACCUGCACCUGCUGCGUCGGAAGCAGGGCUCGCUGGUGAAGGAGUGCCAGUUGGAGCUGCGCUACCUCAAGCAGAACAAGGACAAGGCCCAGGAGAUCAGGGACCUGCUGGGGGCCAAGGAGGCCCAGCUGGUCUCCUCCAAAGACAGCGUCCGCCAGAUAGAAAGCCAGAUAGAGCCCCUGGAGGUGCGUCUGGGGGAGAUUGAAGACAACCUGGGGAAGGUGAUGAAGCUGGACAAUGACAUCAAGGCCGUGGACAGCAGGAGGAAACAGAUGGAGGAGGACAACCAGGAGCUGGAGGAGAAGAUGGAGCAGGUGUUCCAGGGCUCGGACGUGGAGCUCCAGGAGAUGUACCAGAACCACCAGCGCACGGUGAAGGAGAAGGAGAGGAGGCUGGGGGACUGCCAGAGGGAGCUGGAGAGAGCCGGCCGCGAGUGUCAGAGACUUAACACCAUCAAGUCUGACCUGCUGGUGGAGCAAGGUGGUCUCCAGCUGGAGUCAGAUCGCCACCAGCAGACCCUGAAGAACCGUGAUACUCAGGUGCGUUCCUUGGCAUCAUUCCUGGACAUGGAGGGUUACGACCGCGCCCCCUUCAGCCAACACCAGCUGCAAAGCUUCCAGCGCCAGGUCAAAGAGAGGCUGGACCAGGAAACAGACGCAGCCAACCAGAUCAUGCGGGACCUGCAGGAGAGGGAGCAGCAGAAGCAGCGCAGCAUGGACGAGCUGCGGGACAAGAAGACGGGUCUGGAGAGCAGCGUGGAGCUGAAGACGGGCCUGCUGGAGAAGAGGCAGGAGGAGCUGAGCAACGUCGCCCAGGAGCUGAGCGCCCUGCAGGGAUCCUCCACCAGACUGCAGGAGCUGGAGCUGGAGCUGGGGAAGGCGGAGCGAGAGCUCCAGAGUGCGGUGCAGAACUCCAGUGUGGAGGCUCUGAGGGCGGAGGUGGUGGAGCUGCAGAAGGAGAAGGCAGACCUGGACCAGACCCAGCGCAGGCUGGACCAGGAGAUGGAGACCCUGACCACACACACCAGUGCCCGCACGGAGGUAGACAUGCUCCGCAAGCAAAAGGCGGAGAAGGAGGAGCUGGUGAGGAAGAUCAAGGCCAGGCACCAGGAGGCGCUGGUGACUCUAAUGGGACACUUCCCCAACAAGAAGGAGCUGGAGGACUGGAUCCACGCCCACGGCCGCCAGAUCCACGCCACCAGAGACAAGCUGGCCUCGCUCAAUAAGGAGUUGGCGUCGGGGGAGCAGAACAGGAGCCACAGCGCUGCAGAGCUGAGGAGUAAGGAGCAGCAGCUGGCCAGCUGUGAGGAGCAGCUGUCUGCCAUGUGUGGGAGCCAGGGUCUGGAGCACGAUCUGUCCAGACUACAGGACGACCUGGACAAGACCUCCAAACAGAGGGCCAUGUUGGCAGGGGCCACUGCGGUGUACAGCCAGUUCAUCAGCCAGCUGACAGAGGAGGGCGAGCCCUGCUGCCCCGUGUGCCAGCGCACCUUCCCCUCGGAGGGAGAGCUGCAGGAGGUGGUGGGGGACAUGCAGGCCAAGCUGCGCCUCGUCCCAGACAAGCUGAAGAGCGCCGAGCAGGACCUCCGCAGGAAGGAGAGGAAGAGGGACGACAUCAUGGCUCUCAAACCUGUCAGACAGUCCCUGGUGUCCCUGCAGGAGCGGGAACUCCCGGAGCUGCGUGGCCGGGUGCAGGCGCUGGGCCGGGAGCUGGAGAGGCUGCGGGUAGAGGCGGAGGAGCAGGAGGAGAGCCUCUCUUCUCUGUGCUCCGAGGAGGACAGCGCCAAGGCUUGCCUGCAGGAUGUCUCCUUGAUGGACCGCUACCUGCUGGAGCUGAGGGAGGUAGAGAGGAGGCUGGCCCAGCAGAGUGCUAGGCUGCAGGGAGUGGACCUGAGCAGAACCAUGCAGCAGGUCAACCUGGAGAAACAGGACACACAGCACCGCCUGGACACCAUUAGCAGCCGUAUGGAGUUGAAGAGGAAGCAGAUCUCUGACCAGCAGGAGCAGAUUCAGAGCUUGAAGGGCAGUGUGAACGAGACGCGGGCCCAGAAGCUGCUGCUCUCCGCUCACAUGCAGAAGCGACGCCAGCUGGAGGAGGCCAGCGUGGAGCACACUACUGAGAUACAGGCUCUCCAGAGAGAGAUAAAGGAGGCCAGGGAGCAAUUGACUCCUUUAGCCUCAGCUCUGGAGAAACUGCAGCAAGAGAAAAAGGAUCUGGUGGAGAGGAGACGACAGAGACAAGAGCAGGACCAGGAGAAGAUCAACGCCAUCAGAGACAAAGUGAAGAACAUCACUCUGCAGGAGAGAGAUAUCACCAAAUACACACAGGAGGGGAAAGAGAAAUAUAAAGAGCAAAAAGAGACUGAGCUCCGGGAGACCAGUAGCAAUCUGCAUGAAGCAGAGAAGCAGAAAGACAAGAUCAGCAAGGAGAUGGGCAACAUCAGACAGGACAUUGACACACAGAGGGUCCAGGAGCGCAGCCUGCAGGACAACCUGACCCUGCGGAAGCGUGUGGAGGAGCUGAAGGAGGUGACAGUGAGGCGGCAGACGCUGUUGCAGGAGAUGGGCAACAUGCAGGUCCUCAAGCUGCGCACGGAGCGCCAGGAGUCGGAGCGGCGUGUGGAGAAGAUGAAGCUUAGCCGCAGCGUGGCUCUGGGGCGGCAGAAGGGCUUCGAAGAGGAGAUCCUCCGCUUCCGGAAGGAGCUGCGAGAGGAUCAGUACGGCCAGGCCGACGAGCGCUACCGAGACAAGCUCAUUGUCAUGAGAACCACGGAGCUGGCCAACAAAGACCUGGAAGUGUACUACAAGGCCCUGGACCAAUCUAUAAUGAAGUUCCACAGUAUGAAGAUGGAUGAGAUCAACAAGAUCAUCAGGGAUCUCUGGAGGAGCACCUACAGGGGACAAGAUAUAGAGUAUGUGGAGAUCAGGUCUGAUGUGGACGACAACUCAUCUGCCGGGGUGAAGAGGAGAACCUACAACUACCGUGUUGUCAUGGUGAAGGGUGACACCGCCCUGGACAUGAGGGGGCGCUGCAGCGCCGGACAGAAGGUGCUGGCCUCCCUCAUCAUCCGCCUGGCCCUGGCUGAAACCUUCUGUCUGAACUGUGGUAUUCUGGCUCUGGAUGAGCCCACCACCAACUUGGACCGCGAGAACAUCGAGUCCCUGGCCCACGCUCUCAUAGAGAUAAUCAAGUCUCGUUCCCGCCAGCGUAACUUCCAGUUGCUGAUCAUCACCCAUGACGAGGACUUUGUGGAGCUACUGGGACGCUCCAACUAUGUGGAGCACUUCUACCGCAUCAAGAAGACCCCGGAGCAGUACUCCGAGAUCACCAAGUGCAGCGUGGCCUCGCUGUCCUCCUACCUGCACUGACACACACGCAGACACAUACACACACGCAGACACAUACACACACGCAGACACAUACACACAGGCAGACACAUGCACACAGGCAGACACAUGCACACAGGCAGACACAUACACACAGGCAGACAUACACACAGGCAGACACAUACACACAGGCAGACACAUGCACACAGGCAGACACAUACACACAGGCAGACAUACACACAGGCAGACACAUACACACAGGCAGACACAUGCACACAGGCAGACACAUGCACACAGGCAGACACAUACACACAGGCAGACACAUACACACAGGCAGACACAUGCACACAGGCAGACACAUGCACACAGGCAGACACAUACACACAGGCAGACACAUACACACAGGCAGACACAUACACACAGGCAGACAUACACACAGGCAGACAUACACACAGGCAGACACAUACACACAGGCAGACACAUACACACAGGCAGACACAUGUACACAGGCAGACAUACACACAGGCAGACAUACACAGACAUAUGCUCACACGUGCAGACUUGCACACAUAGAUGGGCAUAUAUGCACACAAACAGACCAAUAUACACACAUGUACAUACACAUAAUCAUACACACUCUCCGACUAAACUGAAAUGUUUACUUUGAAAGUCCAGACUGUUUACUGUUGGAACUAAAAGUCUGCUUUUGAACGCUGAUGCUUCUGUCCUCUUCCUGGUUCACCCUGUUUGUUAAGUUCAUAUCUGUACUGUAAUUCUGUUAAAGUUGAAAUCGGUACCCUAAUUGUUAUUUUGUAUGUUUAGUGAAGCGUAUAUGUGUGAGUGCGCAAUUCGGGCGAGCAAAUAGAUUUCGUUGAUUGCUGCCUGAUAAGUCAGUAACUAACCACACACCGGUCCGGUCUUCAAAGAAUUUUCUCUCUCUUCUCUUCUACAUUAACCACAUCAUCAAGAUUAUGACGACAGCUUAUCCUCUCCAUAUGUGGCUAUUUACUGACACUGCAGUAAAAGUUCUUUUGAGGUGGGGAGAAUAAUCAACCGCACGGCAUCCUGGGUGUUAUGCAUAUAAACCCGCGUGUUGUUCUUCUGAGUUCAAACAUUCUCGUAUCAGCCAAGACACUUGACUUCCCAUCGCCACGACGACGCUCAGUCUCCAAAAACCCGCCUUGACAUACCUCAGCGCUAGGAUGAAGAUACCUGCCCUCUUCCUUGUCCUCGUCACCGUGGAGUUGGCGGAGGCCCGGUCAGUGAGGUCGUUGCCUGAGGUCAACGUCAGCAGGAUGGCCCUGGAAGAGCUUAUCAGGGAGGCCAACCACACGGUCGGCACAAACCAGGCAAAACUGGAGAACUGGGUUUCUGACAUCACACACCUGAACUGUGAGCGAGAGUUCUUCAGCCAAGCCAGGACCAUCCUGGCCAAGUGGGAAGGGGGAAGAAAACUGUCACACUACCUGAAUCACAUCCUCAACAACAACACGAGCUUUUUCACAGCAAAGCCUGGGAACCAGAAGAAACCCAGGAAGGUUCCAGAACAUCAGAAGAAGGUUCCAAAGGGUCAGGGGAAUGUUCCAGAACAUCAGGGAAAGGUUCCAAAAGGUCAGGGAAAGGUUCCAGAACAUCAGAACUCAGGGAAUGACAUGAAGCUGAGGGAGCUUCUGAAUCAACUGGUGCUCUGUGCUCAGAAGGUUUUCUCCAGUAAAGCCAAGUAGCAUUGAAACACAAACUGGCAAAUGCAUACAUACACACACACACACAUACAUAUACACACUCUAGCCAACACACACUCACUCUAACAGACAAAUAUACACAAACUCUAUGACAGACACGCACUCUAACUUACACACAUAGUCUGAUCACCAGGAGGUAUUUAAUAUUGAACCUGACGCUCUGAUACAUGGUUCUUGUGGAUAUGUUAAAGUGUUUGAGGUGGAGAUGGUUAAUCAGGGAGCACGAGAAUGCUCUUCUGGGGCUGCCCUGCAGUGUGGUUCAAAACAAGUUCGCCCCAAUGUUUUUAAUCUAUAUUUAAGUUAUAUUAAUUAAUGUGAUAUAUCAAUUUCAUACAAACUAUAUUUAUUCUUACACACAUGACACAUUCAGUCAACUUUGAUGUUUGGUAAAAACUGAAAAAAUAUUAAAGUUCUUUUGCAUAUGA